CUUGUGUUGCUCUUCUUGUGUGAUUAUUCGAUAAACUCUAACGAAAGAGCGAGAAAGAAAGCGAACAGAGCAAUUGCAAUGGCGUCGUUUCUUCAAUCUUUUCUCGAUCCAAAGAAGAACUGGUUGGCCGCUCAGCACAUGAAAUCCCUCGUCAAACGCCUUAGCAAAUACGGGCUCCGAUACGACGAUUUGUACGAUCCUUACUACGAUCUGGAUGUGAAGGAGGCGCUGAAUCGGCUCCCGAAGGAGGUGGUGGACGCCCGCCACGCUCGUCUCAAACGCGCCAUCGACCUUUCCAUGAAGCACGAGUACCUCCCUGAAGAUCUUCAGGCUAUGCAAACACCGUUCAGGGGCUACCUCCAGGAUAUGCUGGCUCUUGUGAAGAGGGAGAGAGCAGAACGUGAAGCAUUGGGAGGUUUGCCCCUAUAUCAACGAUCUAUUCCUUGAGUGAAUUAAGUAUUACAUGAAGGUAUUUUGAUUGAAGUGGAGGUUUACAAUGUAUUGAUGUUGUGGUAGAAUGUUUUCUUUUAAGAAGAAAACAUGUACGGUUUCUUGAUAAACUUAUAUGAAAUGCAUUUUUUGAUGGUAUAAACUGGCCUCAGCAGGCAUUUUCUAAUAAUGGCAACAAUAGACACUUUUGCCUUGAAAUUUAUAGCUUGAAUGUUCUUUUGGCUCUGUGCUUAGUUUUUCUUUUGAAAUCAUUACCUUUUGUAUAUGUUGUCGAAGCUCGUCACUGCCUUGUGUUGGCCUUUGUUUCGAAGAGGAACAAAAAUAUUUGCUACAAUGCAAAUACUUGGUGAAUGAAUUGUUUGGUUGGGUGCUUUUUA